CCCAGCUCUGCUACAUCCGCUCUGCUCACCCUUGCCACUCCCGCCACCACACCGCCUCCAGCAUCGGCACCGCUUCCUCCCCCACCACCUCCCCACCCCUCUCCGCCCUGCCUCCUCCCCCUUCCGCAGAUGGUGGCGGCGGCCCCCUCCUGUCCUAUGCGAGAUCUUUUGGUCGCCACCGCGUCCACCUAACUUGGCGCCAACACCGCCUCCCCAACCAUCACAGCCGAAUUCCGCUGGCGUUCAGCCUCUCCUCUGCCCUCUUCCUCCAUCAUGGCAGACGCCUGCCUCGGCCGCAUCCCCAUCCUAUCCCAAACCAAAUCCCCAUUCUAUCUCCAAUCAUAUCCAGUGUGGUUCCCUCGGGGUCGAUCUCUAGAGUUGCCUAUAUAAAGGCAGCUGCCACCACCGAUUGGAGGGGCGGGCGUAGAGGGGGAUAACGGGCGAAACCCUGUUGCUGCCGCUGCCCAUUGGAAGAGCAGGCCGAAGGUCCUGCCGCCAUGGAGUCCGGUCGCCAAGAGCUUCUGUUGCUGUCGAGCCGCCACAAUUGUUGCUGGGCAGUGAUGGAGUUCGAGGCGCUCUGCAUGGCCCGCCUCGAGCGGUUCAAGGUCCAGCUUGCUAGAGAAGACUGCUUGGAACUUAGACAGGAAGACAGCGACCUUCUCGAGUACUCCAAUGCAAAAUUGGGUCGUGUCACUCGCUAUCUUGGAUUUCUUGCCGACAGAACUUGAAAAUUAGAUCAAGCUGCCCUUGAGACUGAAGCUAGAAUCUCUCCCUUGAUUCACGAGAAGAAAAGGCUUUCAAAGACCUGUUAACCUUGAAAGGCAAUGUCAAAGUGUUUUGUCGUAGCAGACCACUAUUUGAAGAUGAGGGUCCAUCAGUGGUAGAGUUUCCAGAUGAUUUUACUAUCCGUGUAAACACUGGAGAUGAGUCUUUAACCAAUCCUAAGAAGGAUUAUGAGUUUGAUAGGGUAUAUGGACCCCACAUUUGUCAAGGUAAGAAUGGUGGAGUGGGGUUCUCAUAUAUCCAUAUAGCAAGGUAAAGAGCUCACUGUUUUCUCCUCCCUUUAACCCUUCAGUUCCCUUGACUAUGCCAGUGUACCGAAGAACAAACACAUAGAAUCCGAACAGGGAUUGAGAUCCAUCCAAGCUUCAAUUUGUUUUUUCAUUUUUUACCCAGGGAAAAAAGGAAAAAAAAAGACUAGAAAAACUAUCUUUUUACUACAGCUUACUAUAUGUCGGAUUUCAGAGCAGAGAGCAGAGAGCAUAGAUCUGUUAGUCUUUUGAGAAACUGGAUGUUUCAAUUGACCAACAAUACUGAAAAUAAGAAAAUAAAUCUCUCAUAGUUUAGUAUGUCAGAACCUUCUAAAUUAUAGUGAUUAUUUUAGAGUUCACCUCCACUGGCGUGAGCUGCAGACAUAUUUUCUAUUCUAUGUCAAGCUAAUGUUGUGAUUGGUUUGUCCAUCAUCAAGCAUACAUUCAAUUAGUUAACAGCUGAAUUGUGAACUUAUAACAUUUCACCCAAUAAUUUUUUUCUCUGCUCAUAUGAAACAAAGUAGUAAGGCAAUAUUGUUUACCCUAACUGAAAUUUACAAUCUCCCGCCCCAUCAAUUAUCAUUUUAGCUAACUUUUCAUAUACCAUGUACAGUUCAUGAAGAUGAACAAUGUAAGAGAUCAGACGAAAACAUGGAACUAAAACUGACAUGUUCACUGUGAGACGUUUAGGUAGCAGAGAAGUCAACACUCAAUUAAAUGGCAACAAUCUCAGCCUGUUUUAUUAUACUGCAAAGGUCAUAACAAUACAUCUGUUUCAAAUUUUUAUGUUCCUGCUCAUCAAUAUGUUUAUGUUCCAUGCGCUUGAACUUAACUUAGUUCUUUGUUUGGUCCUACCACUGCCAUUGCUUACAAUUUACAUUAGCUCCAAAAUCCUUCAAAAGAAUGUAGCAAUGCUGCUUCUCUUUUUUUUUUACCCUUUCUUUAUUCUACUACCAGAUUCAAUUAAAUGUUGACAACAAUAGCUUUAAACAAAUGGCUAUAGCGGUGAUGAUCAUUGAUACUUUAGACGGUAUGAUUUCCGUUACAAAUUGUCUCUUGCAUUUAACUUACAAAUUUACUGGUAUGACUGGUCUGUUAAUGCCACUUUGUAAACUAAAACUAUAUCAAUGGAAAUUACAAAAAUAUCAGUGAAUAAAACCUUGCAUGCCAAUUAAAAGGUGUCAUACAUAGGACUACAUCCGUCGACCAUUGCCUUAUCAGUAAGUUUAGCACAUAAAUCUUUUAAAUUGGUACUAAACCAUAUACACAGGCCAUAAGGCGCGGCAAUUGCCGCGCGCCAAACUUCUAGUUUCGAAUCGAAAUUGAGUCCAAAACCAAACCGAAAACGUGCUGCAUAUAUAUAGAUAUAAAGAUAGAGAUCUGAGAGGGGGAAAACGGAACUGAAGUGGUUUCUCGGCGAGAUCCCUCGGGAGGGAGGUAUCGUCGUCUACUCGUACCAUGGGGCUGCUGGCGCUCCAGCGGCUCAUGUCCCUGCAGCGCGACCGGCAGCGGCGUCACCGGCAAAUCCGAGUCCAGAAUGGAUCCAUUGCUUCAGUGGAUAAAAGAAAGGGCUCCCCCUGUCAACAAGAUGGUGAUUCUCAAGCUGCCAAAAUAAUGAUAUGUUCAAUCCCAGACCUUCCUGAGGAUGUCUGGCGCCAUAUACAUUCCCUAUUACCAUUGCGUGAUGCUGCUCGCGCUGCUUGCCAGUCUCGCGCCUUUCUACGUUCCUGGAGAUGUCAUCCCAUCCUCACCUUGAAUAGGAAUAUCCUUGGCUCAAAUGCAACAAAUGCGCGUCAAGAGGAUUUCAUCUGCAAAAUUGAUCGCAUUCUGAGGAACCACUCAGGCAUUGGCAUUAAGAUAUUCAAGCUUCAAUUAUUUGGUAUUUUCGAUGCCUGUCCUUAUCUGGACAGUUGGCUUCAGAUUGCUGUUAAACCAGGGAUUGAAGAACUCACCCUUGAGCUAUGUAGUAGAUGCAAGAUAAAGUACAAUGUCCCAUGCUCACUUUUAUCUGAUGGGGUUCGAAACUCCAUUCGGUAUCUUCGACUUGGCUUUUGUGCCUUCCGUCCCACAGCUGAACUUGGCCCCCUGAGAAACCUAACUAGUCUGUCCCUGUAUUUGGUUCGUGUUUCGGGGGAGGAGUUAGAGUGCUUUCUUUCCAACUCUCAUGCUCUGGAGCAGUUGGACCUCAAUGAUUGCAAGGAGAUAAUUUGCCUGAAGAUACCUUGCGUGCUGCAGCAACUCAGCUGCCUGAAGGUUUCUAGUUGCUUUAGGCUGCGUGUGAUAGAGAGCAAAGCUCGAAAUCUCUCCAGUUUUUGCCUUAGGGAAGACAGGGUAGAACACCUCUCACUUGGAGAAACAUUGCAAAUGAAGAACCUGAGCAUGCACCGUUCAAACCUUGUCUGUUAUGCUCGUACUGAGCUGCCGUCCAGUAUGCCAAAUCUUGAGGCUCUUAGCAUUAGUUCGCAUUAUGAGGGGGUCAAUACACCAAUGCUGCCUACCAAAUUCCUGUUCCUCAAGCGCCUGACUAUUUCUCUGGUUACUGGAUGUACCUUUUGCCCAUAUUAUGAUUAUUUUACUCUGGUUUCUUUCCUUGACGCUUCUCCUUCCUUGGAGACUUUGAUCUUGGAUGUAGCGCAGGAACGUAUGAAGCAUGAGUCAGUUUUUGGAGGUUCGCCACAGUUGAGGCAGAUGCCCGAACACCGCCAUGGGUGCCUCAAGAUUGUGAAGAUCACAGGCUUCAGCUCUGCCAAGAGCUUGGUUGAGCUAACAUGUUAUAUUCUUAAGAACGCAGUCUCACUUGAGUGUCUUACACUGGACACCAUUUAUGGUGCUAAUAGGUGUUAUUUAGCAAAUUCUAUUCUCAUGGAAUGCGAUCCCAUGAGUAAGGGUAUUCUCAUGGAAGCCACUAGAGCGGUCGCGGCUAUCAGAACAUACAUUGAGGAUAAAGUCCCCCCUGCAGUUAAUCUGACUGUUCUGGAGCCCUGCAGCCGGUGCCAUGCUGAUGGAGGAUUUUGAGUUUGAGGUGUUUAAUAAGUUAUCGUAAUAGGUAAUGUGUGAUUAUCUAAUUUAAUUUUAAAUGAACCAUGCUUUGUUUCUUAUAUUAUUGGACCUGUUCAUUGUUUAUUGUAAUACUCCUAGAUACGACAUGUAGGCUUUGUUUCUUGUAUUAUUGGACCUGUUCAAUGCAGGGUUUAACUUUUCGACGGUUACCGCCGGGGACCAGUUUUCAGGGUCUAAAUGGUUUUGUGAACCUUGGUUCAA